UUUUGAUUACCCAUUUUCACCCCCAAGAAACCCUCACAUCUAGAGAGAGAAAGAGAAAAAAAAAAAAACCACCAUGAACCACCAAAUUACUGAAGAGCAUCAAGCAGUACAAAUCUCUCAGUUGUACACUGGAUUGUACAUCCAAAUGGCACCCCAACAAGGUAAUUCGGGUGAGUCGAAGCCGAGACGACGUCGUAAGAAGAACAGAGGGUCGUCGGAAUCAGAGGCGGCGGCGGCGGCGGCGAAGAAGAGGAAGCUGACGGCCCAGCAAGUUCAUCUUUUGGAGACGAAUUUCGGGAGCGAACACAAAUUGGAGUCGGAAAGAAAGGACCGUUUGGCGUCGGAGCUGGGGCUGGAUCCCCGGCAGGUCGCCGUCUGGUUUCAGAACCGCCGCGCACGGUGGAAGAACAAGAAGCUCGAGGAGGAAUACUCUCACUUGAAAAAGCUUCACGAAUCCGUCGUCGUCGAAAAAUGCCGCCUCGAAACUGAGAUACUGAAUUUGAAGGAACAACUUUCAGAAGCGGAGAAGGAGAAGGAGAGGCUGAUGCGGGCCGAUGGGCCUUUGAGCAGCAGCCCAAGCCCAUCAAUGUCAAUGGAAGCCGUGGACCCCACGUCAUACUCAUGCCUUGGGGAAUUUGGAUCAUAUGAACUUGAAGAUGUGUUUUAUUACAUGCCUGAGGCUGAAAGUGACAACACUUGCAUUUAUGGCAUGGAAAUGGAAUGGCCUAAUCCCUACAUCUAAUCCUUGCUAAUAGUUUUUUCUUAGUUUCUGAACAUAUUAUCAAAUGUAUUAUUAGUGUCCCUUUCCUUUUUUGUAGAAAUUUUAU